AGCGGCUUUGCAGCAUCUGAGUCGAAUGGCGGCGGAGCUCCAGGAAGUAGCCUCGGCGGAGGGGAUUUAGGACUGCGAGGGGCAGGAGUCAACAAAACCGUGUAGAAAUGCACGAAUCUUAACGUACAAACGACGGACCAUUGGAAGUUCAAGACGUUGAUGGUGUGUGCAGUCCUGUAAUGAAGAUAACUAGAGGUGUCGGUCAUCAAGGCCUGACCAGAGGGCAACAGCAUUCAUGGAUAUAGCAGACACCUUUAACCACUUAAUUCCCAGUGACCAGUUGGAUGACUCUCUUUUAAUUGGCCAGAACCUGGAAUGUGAAGCGAGUAAUGAGUUUGGAGCAGGCCUUGAUCAGCUGGAAGAUUCGUUAAAGAACAUGUUGAGUGACAAAGAUCCAAUGUUUGGGUCAGCAAGCUCCCAGUUCAACCUCUUGGAUGGCGAUGACCCUAACUUUCAGAUCGCAGGGGCCGCGGGUGGGCUGGAAGGACCCGGGGCUGCCCUGGGGUCCGCCGGGGCACAAACGCCUCAGGCUGAAACCCCACGAGUGAAGCGUCCGGUGGGACGGCCCAGGAAGCACCCGCUGGGAGCACCCACGGAUCGAGGAACUUUUAAACCCCCGAACACUAAGUCUCCUGGGAGACCCGGCAGGAAGACGAUGAACAAGCCCCAGAAUACGUUUCUGAUCGAGAAGGGAGCGAGCGUGGCGCAGAUCCGGCGAGAUCUCCACCUGGGGGGCCGGGUGUCCAUCUCGGACCUGGACCUGGGGGGGUGGCUGAGCCCCGUGGUGGUGCUGAGGCGCCUGACCGUCACCGUGGGGGGCUUCAGGAUCGAGCUGCUCCCCGGGCCCUCGUACGCGGAGGCCGCCGGCGCUCAGACCAUAUGCCUGGAGGAAGGCGUCUCGUAUGGAGGAGAGGUGGAGUACGCCGUGGUGCCGGAGCCGUCCGCCAGCGCGGAGACGCCGGCAGGCCUGAGCGCCGUGCAGGCCGGCAGCCGCCAGGACGAGGUGCCACUCAGCCUGGGCCCCUACGUCAACCCUAACGACGUCCAGGCCGCCAACGGCACGCUGUGUCUCGCUGAGACCAAACUUCACGACCAGCGAGUCGCCCGGAAGCCUGGGCCCGCCAGCAGGACGAGAGAUGGCGCUAAGAAGCCUCCGGUCGUACACAACAACAACAACAACAGUGAUGACAAAAAAGUUGAGGCUGUCAGUAAAGUUGCAGCGGUCAAUAAAGUUGCAAGCAACAAUAACACAAGCGACAAGAAACGGGGGUUGCCAGACAAAAAACAGUUGAACCUUAAGCAGGGAUUGUCUUCUGUCAAGAACAAGCCCCUUGUGUCUGGACGCCCGAGUGGCAUGUUGAAGGGGCCCCUCAAAGGACCCCAACAGGUCCCCUCCAAGAACCCCCAGAGGAGGGAUAUCCAAGCUAUCAAAGCCCUGAGGGAGAAGCAAGGCCUUCUGUCCUUGAAGAGGCGCAUGGAGAACCUCUCCGCUCGCCCAGCCGGCAAGAGGCCGAGGCUGGUGGACGGCCGCCCUGUGAGAAUGAAGCCCAAAGCUCUGGAUCCGUCCCGCGCUCCGGCCAAGAGAGACGACCAUCCUGUCGGACCUCCAGGGUUGUCCAAACCCAACCCCAACCCCGGAUCCAGACCACACCCCACGCCCCACCCAUCACCUGGGAAACCCCACCCAUCACCUGGGAAACCCCACCCAUCACCUGGGAAACCCCACCCAUCACCUGGGAAACCCCCCCACCACCCUGGAAACCCUGGUCACCACGGGAACCCUGGUCACCACCUAAACCCUGGUCACCACGGGAACCCUGGACACCACGGAAACCAUCCUCAGAAGAGGACGCACUCGUCGGCCGAUGAGGAGAGUCUGGAGAAGCCCAAAGUGAAGAAGGUGGAGAAGCCCCUUCUGCAGAAGCACAAGACCAGGACCUCCAGGAGCAUCUCCGUGGAGGAGCCCCAGCUCUUCAUCCCUGACAACGCCCCGGCGACCGCCCCGGCCACCGCCCCGGCGACCAAGAAGGAGGAUGCAGAGGAGGAGCAGUCGGGUUCCGAGACCUGGGAUGGAACGAGAAACUGUGGGCUGUGCAGCAAACAUCACAACAACACGUUCAUGGUGGGCUGCGGCCGCUGCGAUGACUGGUUCCACGGCGACUGCGUGGGCCUGGACCUGCAGAAGGUGCAGGAGAUGGAGGCGGAGGACCAGAUGUAUGUGUGUCUGAAGUGCUGUGCUGAGGAGAGGGCCAGGGUGGAGGAGAGCCCGGCCCAGGGAGACGGAGCCAAGCCUGAGGUCCACACCAAGCCUGAGGUCCACACCAAGCCUGAGGUCCACACCAAGCCUGAGGUCCAAACCAAGCCUGAGGUCCAAACCAAGCCUGAGGUCCACACCAAGCCUGAGGGCCACGAAUGCAAAGCGGGUGCCAAGCAGAAACCCUGUUCCCCACACCCACCCACCUCAGGCGGAGUCCGACCUUCCAGAAAGGACUCAGGGGACAGAAGACAAUCAACAGAGAGCAAAGACUCCCUCAGAACAGGGAUCCACGGGAGCAAGACCAGAGUCUCUCCCUCGUCGUCAAGGAGACCGUCGCUGGACGAGAUCAGGAGGAGCGUCAGAGAUUCCCUGAAGGAGAUUCUAGUCAAGCGGUUGAAGGAGUCGGACUUGAAGACGCCGCUGGAGAAAGCUGCCGAAGUUGCCAAGAAGACGGAGCGAGAGCUGUUCCACUACUACAAAGACACCGACAGCAAGUACAAGAGCAAGUACAGGAGCCUCAUGUUCAACCUGAAAGAUACCAAAAACAAUGUGUUGUUCAAGAGGGUUCUGAAAGGAGAGAUCUCCCCAGACCACCUGAUCAGGAUGAGUCCCGAGGAACUGGCCUCCAAGGAGCUGGCUGCCUGGAGACAGCGGGAGAACCGACAUACCAUUGAGAUGAUCGAGAAGGAACAAAGGGAGGUGGAGAGGAGGCCCAUCACCAAGAUCACCCACAAAGGAGAGAUCGAGAUCGAGAGUCAGGAGCCAGCGAAGGCCCCGGAAGCCACUGUGGACAGCGGAGAGCCGGAGCCUGGUUCCAAGGACGACCCUGGAGACAUUCCUCCAGAGCUGCUAGCAGAUGCCGGAAGCAGCAAGACCACCAAAGACACCACAGCCCUCCACAAGUCCCACCUGUUCGACCUCCACUGUAGGAUCUGCACAGGCCGCAUGGCCCCUCCUGUAGAGGAGGUUCCUACCAAGGUGGUGUCCACCACGGUGGUGAAGAGGCAGUCCUCGGAGGGGGGGCCCCGGCCCCCGGCCUCCCCCGCCCUGGAGGACGAGCUACACAUCAACGUCCUGGAGGACAACACUAAGACCUCCAGCGGCGAGGCCAGGUCCGACUACACCAGAUAUGACGAGACUGUCUUCCUGGCAAACCUGAAAACCCUGUGGAGAGGGUUUCUCAACAUGGCCGCCGUGGCCAAGAUGGUCACCAAGAUGUACCCGGUGUCCGGGGUCCUGGACAGCCUGAACGAGGACCUGCCUGACAGCAUCCAGGUCGGAGGCCGGAUCAGCCCUCAGAUCGUCUGGGACUACCUGGAGAAGAUUCGCGCCACUGGCACCAAAGAGGUGUGUUUGAUUCGCUUCUCCCCGGAGACGGAGGAGGAUGAGAUCUCCUACACGCUGCUGUAUGCAUACUUCAGCAGCCGAAAGCGCUUCGGGGUGGUGGCCAACAACCUGAAGAGGGUGAAAGACAUGUACCUCAUCCCCCUAGGAGCCAUCGAGAAAGUACCUCACCAGCUGGUCCCCUUUGAUGGGCCUGGUCUGGAGAUGAACCGUCCCAACCUCCUGCUGGGCCUCAUCAUUCGCCAGCGGCCCAAGAGGGACUUCCUCCCCGUGGACGACAACGAGACGGCCCGCUUCGUCCCCGAGACCACGCCCCUGCCGGCCGCGCCCACGCCCAAACCCCAACCCGCCGAGGAGGACGCGACCACGUACCUGACCUCCCUUGCCGUCGCUCGGCCGAAAGACGAGGAGAAAGACGCCGAGCUGGAGGGCGCAGAGGCGCCCGCACCAGCCUCUCCUGAGGAGGGGGAGGGGGUGCUUCAGGACUCCCUCAAGCCGCUGCGCUUCCUCCCUGGGGUGCUGAGGUGCUGGGGGGGCGCGCUGCCCCCCAUGCCCGACCUAGCCGGGAAGACCCAAGCGGGGAGCGCCGACCCCCUGAACCCUGCGCAGAUAGCCAUCCCAGGGCUGGGGGACCUGCCCCCGCCGCCCCCCCCUCCCAAGCCCCCCCCAGUCCCCAGGCUGGACCGCUUCGUCAUCAAGAAGAAGGAGCCCAAGCCGGCCAAUCCGGAAGCGCAGCCUCCCAGCCCGGCGGAGAAGCCAGCCGGCAACGCCGCGGCCAAUCACUCGGCGGAGUCGGUCUCUCUGAAAGACAAGCCGGCAGACGUCUCCACCAGCGCCUACCUGGCCAGUCUGUCUUCUUCCGGCGGCAACAGGGACAGCAGCCCGGCUAGCGAAGCGCCCUCCACGGACACUCCCUCCCCCGUCCUCAAACCGGCUCCGCCCAGCGGCAUCCUGAAGAAGAGCUCAGCCUACUCCAACUCACUCCCCGUCCCUGUUCUCCACACCAGAAGCUACCCCGCCCCCACAGCCAAGCCAGCCGGCUCCCCCAAGCCAGAACACCCACCCCAGGAGGGCGCCAGCUCUCACCCCAGCAGGGGGCCACCUGCCCCUAGCCAACCCUGCCCCCCAGCACCCUACCCUCCUGCAGGAGCCCCAGAGCACCCCAGCCCCUCCGCAGUGAUGCCCCCCUGCAGCAUCGCUGCACCUAACCCACCCCACAUGCCCCCUCUGGUACCGGGUAGCUACGGUUACCCCAGCGCCGCCCCUCCCGUGCUCCCCCGGCCAGACCCCCAGAACCAGGCGGCUGUCUGGCCUUCGCCGACCCUCCCCCCUCCAGGGCAGGCCCCCUCCUGUGAGGGGCAGGGACACCCUGAACCCUCCGACCCUCCGCCUCUGUCCUCCACUAAAGAAGGACCUGAGAGGAUGCUGGCCCAGCCUCAGCCCCAGCCCCAGCCUCAGCCCCAGCCUCAGCCUCUGUCCCAGCCUCUGUCCCAGCCACAGUCCUCAGCCUCGGCUGAGGACAGUGACAGCUCUGACAGACACAGGUCCCGCGAGUCGUCCCAUCACGAGAAGAGAAGCCGACACUACGACAGGGAGAGAGACCACGACAGGGAGAGAGACCACGACAGGGAGAGAGACCACGACAGGGAGAGAGACCACGACAGGGAGAGAGACCACGACAGGGAGAGAGACCACGACAGGGAGAGAGACCACGACAGGGAGAGAGACCACGACAGAGGGAAGAAGCACGACAGGAGCUAUGAGGACAAGCACAGGGAAAGGAGCAGGCACCGCGGACACUCUGCAGAAGAUCGCUACGGAGACAGGAGGAAAGACCGUCACCACGGCGACGACUACGACAGCCGCCACAGGGACAGGCACCGGCACAGGAGAGACUCUGACUACGACAAAGGGAGGCGGAGCGCCCGAGACAGCCACUCGUGAUCGAGGAUUUUGAUACGUCACAGGAAAAUUUCGAAAGACACACGGCCAUGAUUGGAUGAAUUUUAAAGACACGCCCAUGAUCCACAUGUUUUUGUGCCAUUUGCUUAUGUCAUGUUCCUUUUUUUAAUCAGUUAUAUAUUGAGAAUACAGCAGAGAAAAUGUUUCAGUACGAUAACACAGAAUUCAGCUUUCAUAAGAGAACGUACUAAAAGGCUACUUUCACAACUCCUGAAGGUGAUUUUCAAGUUAUAAACCACACAUUCUUUUAUGUGUUCAUUUGAUUGUCUUUUAUCGUGUCACGUUGUGACUGGCUGCACUGAGAGGAAUGUUGUGAGAGACUGGGGCUCCGUUGUGUUCAGGAGGGAGCCGGCCCGCCCUCGCAGGAGCCGGCCAGUCCUCGCCGUCUGAGGAAAUCCACACUAACGCUGGGGCAGAAAGUCCUGCAGCUACAGACUCGACACCAGACUGUUUGUGUCACGUCACAGACAUUUGCCAUGAAAGCAGCUUCUUUUGAUUUCAAAAUGUUCCUAUUUCUUAUUUUUCUUAACGCCUUUUUUUUUUUUUAAAGCUAAUUUCUACCUGCAUUUUGGUCAGAAAUGAAGCGAAGUGUGUUCAUGUGCAGUUCUUAAUAAAGCUUAUCUUUUUAUUGUUGAUAUGAAAAUGUUGUCCUUGAGCAGGGGGAAAAAGCUAAGUGUAUUUCUCAUAAACCACUUUGACACACAUUGGCAGUACUACUUGACCCCUUGUUUCAUGCCAACUCUGCUAUUCAUUGCCUUUGAAAACAUUAAAGCCUUCACUGUUCUGAACAAA